GUCGCUGCGAUGCCGGCCGCUGGGAAGGCACAGUGGACCACAUAUGCGGUGGCGCUGCUCGUCCAGGGCGUCCCCAGCGUGACCGCCUUGGUGGUGCAGGUUGGCGAUGGCGUCCACCGCGACAUCUUCCAGCACAGCGCCUCGCGCACGACCGCCCACGCGCAGGUUGCGCCGCUCGACGGCGUCCUCGUGGACAUCGGCGCUACGGAGUGCCCUGCCGGGUACAGGGUCAUGACCGAGACCGAGUGUUCCCAUGGCGUUCACGUCAACGGGGCGGAUAUCACGACUUAUAGCCACAGCGGCUGCUACCAUGACAACGGUGGUUGGCCGGCGCAGGGCUGCUUUCUUAACGCCGGGAGUUCUACAGCAACGGUUGGCUGGUUGUACUACAGCACCUGCACUGAAUACAGCGCUUUGUCCAAGAACAACGCCUACGGCAUCUGUACGGCGAUUACGCCGCCCACAGCGAGCCCCACGCCCAGCCCCACGGCCAGCCCGACGCCGUAUCCGACG